UUGUUCACAAUCUGUGAACUUGACUGCGGAAAAAAUUGCGACCAUGGCGGCGCUGGUCCGACUGUCAAAAAAACGUGGAACAAUUUUUUUUUCUCAGCACUUAGUGAACCGGAACGGAAUCUUACACUAUCUUAGAGCACCUUUAACGGUGCGCUUCUAUACCCCGUUUGGCAGCCCUGCAUCAUUGCACACAACCGUAACGGUCGCUGCUAAACGCGCUGUCAGAGUAGUAGCGCUGCAGCCGGGAGGUGUUGGGUGGUUAAAUUUAGUAGCGCGACAGCAGCGCUAGAAAAGGCUGGACAAAACGUCAGAAGCAAAACACCGCGACGAGUUUGUUGUCGUUUUUGUGUCUGAACGUUGCACAAGUUUUCAAUAUUCGUGUUUUCGUCGUCGCAGCAGCAGCAACAAGUGCAAGCAUAUCACACCCGGUGCCGCCAAAUCCGUGAACUGUCUCGCCUCCCACUGCAUAGCAGCAGCGACAGGCCAAACAGUGUAACACCAGCAGAAACAGCAAUAGGCAGCGGUGCAUGAUCAGGCAAUCCGCAGUUCAACAAAAGCCUACUCCAUCCCGCAACUUUCGGUGGCCAACGACCCAAUAAGCCAAAAAAGACAGAGCGCAACGUUCUACAAAUCUUUGACCCGGUAGAAACUUUCCAGGACAACAAGGACGAACAUGAGUGCAUCGAAAGUUCGGGGCAAAAAAUGGACAGUGGAAGAAGAUGAAGCCCUUUGUAUUGCUUGGUUGAAUGUGUCUCAAGAUGGAGCGACCGGCACCAACCAAAAAUUGGAUACAUUGUACGAUCGCAUCUACGAAAUGUUUGUAGAAAUCUGUACGACCAACAGCUCAGUGUGCAACCCAGAACUGCGAGCGCCAAGCGGACUGAAGGCAAGGUGGCUCGUCAUCAACAAAGCAUGCAGUAAGUUCGCUGGCUGCAUGUCCCAAAUCUUCGGCCGUCAACAAUCAGGGGCCACACCUACUGACGUCUUAAAACAGGCGUUAACAUUGUACAGCGUGACAACCAAAGGUCCGUUCACUUUGUUACAUGCCUACAAGAUGUUGGAGAAGGCACCAAAAUGGCAGCAAUAUCAAGAUACAAAGCCGGCGACAGCGAACUCCUCAAAGCGUAGACGAUCAGAUGAUGGAGAAAAUUUCGAAGAAGAUAAUGAUUUAUCUACCACUCAGUCGUCGUCGUCAACUAGCCGCCCAAUAGGACAAAAAGCAUCAAAACAUCAGCAAAAAUUAAAAGGAAAUUCUGAACUCGCAGGUAUGCAGAUAGCCAAAGCUGGUAACUUACUAGCAGAAGCGUCAAAAGAGAAAGCAGUUCUGGCAAGAGAACGAACACAAGCCAUUAAUCGGAUGGUGAAUCACUCCAUCAUGUCGGUUGAUUUCUCCACUCUUAGUGAAACGGCUAAAAAGUAUUACGAAAUGGAACAAGAAAGAAUACUCCAGCAGGCUAUGGCGAAAAAUGUGGUACCCGAAACGCUACAUAAUUCUUACGACAUUACUGACGAGUCUGAAGUUGAUGAAGUUGAAAACGAUGGCAACGUUGAUACCGCGGAAUACGUCACAGAGUACGUUGAUGUCGAAUUAAACCCUGAUAGGAAUGGGGAUUCAGACCAGGUUUCUGAUUCAGAUACAGAUGGUGGUAAUUAACAAUCUAAUUUGUUAUGUAUCGUAUGUUUCGUUAUGUUAUUAAAACAUAUUUUAAAAUACUGUUCGUUUUAUACUGCCGAAUAAAUAAAUGUUUUUAACUUGAA